ACGUCAUUCACAGAAUUUCAAAUUUAGAGAGAAGAAGAAGAUUGAGAGAAUCAUUCAAUCAAAUCAAACCCAACAAGCAAACACAAAUAACCUUUUAUUUGCUUCCAUUUUCUCUCUCCUAACGCCUCCCUUGGCCUUCCCUCCUUCCCUACAACGCUAAUCAACCCUUCUUCUCUCUCCCUCUCCUCUAAAACCCUUCUUCCCCAAUUCCCUUUCUCUCUCUAAAAACCCUAAUUUCAAUUUGUAUGCCGGAUAUCAGCCGGAAACUAUGCCUCCGCCGGCGGUUUCGGUAGAUUCCCGAGCUCCGUCGGAUUCCAAUUUCAAUCCUCAAAAUGGGUCCACCACUCAUUUUAAUGACUGUUCUAGCUUCAAUACUGGUUCGUCUUCUACUUCGUUUCCAGCUGUGGGCCGGGGUUCUUCGUCAACCCGGGCCAAGCCCAGGCUUGUGAAGUUGAGGAAGAGCUCCAAAUCGUCUUCGUUGUCGUCGGAAGCGGAUUUGGAUGAUUCUGGGAUCAACCCUUUUCGAUCAGUAAGUUCCCUAAAUACUGAUGCCUCAAAUUGUACUAAUUCUAGUAGUGAUAGUUUUGUUAGUCGGUUUCGAAACGUCGGUUUUGUUUUCGGGGUUUCUAAUUCGAUUGAUAAUAACAAUAUUAAUAGUAAUAACAAAGUUAAUGAUGGUGGUAAAGUAGCAGCAGAAGCAUCUGUUUUUGGGUUUAGAGAUAGUAAUUUGCAUAAGCAAGAGUUUAGCUUUAGUGAGAAUGGGACAGAAAGAGACAAUAAUUGCACAGAAAACGUUGCAUUUAGAUUUGGUGCCACUGCCAAGGAUCAAAUUGGUGUUAGUAAUGUAAAAUGUGGUGAAAACGGGGUCGAAUUCGAGCUCUUGGACGAGUUGCAGAAAUUGAAAAUUGACAAGGAAAGAUGUACUGCAGAAGACAAGGUUGAUGAAUUGAAUAAUGUGGACACUUUGAAAGGUGGGGAUCGGUUUUUUGUGUUUAAGACUGGUGGUGUAAGUUAUGAUGAGUGUGGUGGAAGAUCAGUGCCAUUGAGAAGUGAUGUGGAUGCUACGAAUUUAAGUGGAAAUGGGAAAGGGAAUAAUGAAAGCAAGAUGGGUGCCUUUGGAUACCGAUAUGUUGAUGAUAGUGCCUUUGUGUUUGGAAGCAGUGGGAACUUCAGUAAGAUGGGGAAUUCUAGUUCUCAAUCAUCCUCUGUUCCGGCUGAAAAUGAUGGAGCAAGAAUAAAGGAAGAUUUUCUUUCGCCAUCAUUCUCUUUUUCAAGCUUAGAUGCUGAUGCAGGUAACGCAAAAUCUGAGGCAUGCUCAUCUUCGAGUGAGAGGAAGGUGGAGUUCAGCUCUUCGGGUUUGCCUGAGGGAUCUGGAGUCUCUUUCUCGGAGUUUGAAUUGCCUCAAUUUGAUGCCCCAUUAUCCUUCUCAGCAAAUUUUACUAGUGGGUUAGGUAGAAAGCCGGAAUCUCGAGGUUUGAAGGACAAAGGUUUGAGGAAAACGAAGGGAAAAUCAAAGCAGUCAAAGCCCACUAAGCUGCAACCUGUACAAACCCCCCUAUCCAGUGAAGGUGUUACACAAGGCCAAGAAGCAUCCGAGUGUUAUUCACCCAUGGACUUUUCCCCUUAUGAGGACACUACAAAUAAUGAUGUGCCUCUUACUGGCGAUCAUGAAACUUAUCAAACUAAGGUAACAACUGGAAAUUCAUUAGAUGUGCACACAGAUUCAGAACUAAAUGAUUCUAGUACUGACAUCAAAUCGGACAACCAUAGGGGUAAUGAGGCUCAGUUUUCUUUCAGUUCUGACAAGGCUAGUAGAGAUGAGGAGAAUAUUACAUUCACCUCACCAACUUCUGCUCAGAAUCACGUUUCAUCUCCGAAGCGCUUACUGAAAAAGAAGUACCGGAUGAAACCUGCUUCUAUAUCUAGUAAUGCAUCUAGGGUCCAAGGUUCUUCCUUGGAUAGUUCUCCUCUUCUCAGUAAGUUGCAGGGUGCUGGUGGAUACUUCUUUGCCUCUGCAAGCAAGGACCAGCAUGAAACAGAAGCUGGUGUAGAGCAUGAUUGUGAAGAAUUCAGUGCUGCAGAAAAAGCUUGUGAGAAGUGGCGAAGGAGGGGAAAUGAAGCUUAUGAAAAGGGGGAGCUCUCUAAAGCAGAGGACUUUUACACAUGGGGGGUGAAUUGCAUCCCUCCGAGCGAUGCAUCAGGUGCUGCCUUCAGACCUCUUGUGCGGUGUUAUAGUAACCGUGCUGCAACGAGAAUGGCUUGUGGUAGGGUGAGAGAAGCCAUACAAGAUUGCCUUACGGCGGUAAAGCUUGAUCCCACUUUCCACAGAGCACAGAUAAGAGCUGGAAAUUGUUAUCUUCUACUGGGAGAGGUGGAGGAAGCCAUGCAAUGCUUUGGAAAAUACAUAGGCGAUGGUAAUGUUCUUUGUCUGGAUAGAAAAGCUGUCAUUUCAGCCUCUGAUGGUAUUCAGAAGUCUCAGAAAGUGCUCCAGUCUACCAGUCGUUCUGCUGAACUUUUGAAACUGAAGACUUCUGAAGCUGCCACUGAUGCCUUGCAACAUAUUGCUGAAGCGUUGGCAAUAAGUAUAAAUUCUGAAAAGCUACUCAAAAUGAAAGCUCAGGCCCUUUGCACACUAUCUAGGCAUGAUGAGGCAAUAGCACUGUGCCAAAAGACGCUUGAUUUUGCUAAAAAGAACUUUACAGCUGCAAUUUUUGGAAAUUAUGAGGUUGAUGGUUCUUCGAAUGAUAGACUAUGGAGAUAUCGUAUCUUAUCAAAGUGCCAAUUUCAUCUUGGAAACCUUGAGGUGGCUCUUGAUCUUCUGGAGAAGCAAGAGAACAAAACAGAGGGAAUAUCAGACCCAUUAUCUGCCACUAUACGUGAGCUGCUAAAGCAGAAGAGUGCUGGCAAUUCUGCAUUUCACUCUGGAAACCAUGCAGAAGCUGUUGAACAUUAUACUUCGGCUAUAAUGAGUAGUAUGGAUGCCCGUCCAUUUGCAGCAAUCUGCUUUUGCAAUCGUGCUGCUGCAAACCAAGCUUUGGGCCAAAUUACUGAUGCAAUUUCCGAUUGCAGCUUAGCGAUUGCCCUUGAUGAAAAUUAUGCCAAGGCUGUUUCUAGAAGAGCAACUUUGCAUGAAAUGAUUAGAGACUACAAACAUGCUGCUGCUGACCUCCAGAGACUGUCAUCGUUUCUUCAGAAGCCAUCUGUGGAAAAGUCAAAACAAUCUGGUUCUGGAAAUGGGAAGGAGUUGAGGCAAGUAAAGCAGCGGCUUUCCAUGAUGGAGGAAGAAGCAAAAAGAGAUACCCCAUUGGAUCUUUACCUCAUUUUGGGAGUUAAAAAAUCUGAUACAGUUUCUGAAAUUAAGAAGGCUUACAGGAAGGCGGCACUUAGACAUCACCCUGACAAGGCUGCUCAGUCCCGAGUGAAAAGUGGCGAUGUUGGAGAAGAAGGGCGUCACUGGAAGGAUAUUGCAGAGUUGGUUCACAAGGAUUCAGAUAGGCUGUUUAAAAUGAUUGGUGAGGCAUAUGCAGUGCUAUCCGAUCCAACAAAGCGUGAAGAGUAUGAUGAUGAAGAGGAUAUGAGAAAAGCGCUUAAAGAGAGCAAUAAUAUUAGAACUAAUUCGAGGAGAGACUCAGAUUAUUAUAGUCAAGGCUUUCCAUUUGAUAGGAGCAAUAACAGGCGCUAUUGGCAGGAUAAAUAUAAUACUUACAGCUAUGCACACAGAAGACAGGCAUGAUAUGGCAUGUGGAUAAGCUAAGCUUUUUGGCCAAGACGGAGAACAGGUUUUUGCUUUGGCAUUCCUCUCUAAGAUUCCAAAUGCGUUUUUCUGGUUGGCAACUAGAGGUUUGCUUGCCAGUGGGAAAUGAGAUAUAUAAAGAAUGUAUCGUGUUUAUGGAAGAUUCGAAAAUCCCAUACUGCAAGUUUGAGUUUCAGGUAAAUGGAAAUGUUGACUUCCUUCAGGUUUGCGUGGGGAGUACCUCUGAAGCAGAAGCUCGUGUGGUAUGUUUGUAGAAGAUAGAACAUGGGAUGACAUUGGAAAGUCAACUUAAAAGCAAAGCAAAUGGUUGGCUCAGGAAAUCAGGAAUGUAUGCAUCUUUUUCUCACGAGAAGCUGAGGGCAUUCUCAGGUUCAUCAACAGAAAAUAUGCAAAGAAAAUAUAGGCGGUUUUUUUUGGGGCGAGAUACUUUAGCGAAUAGAGCUGUGAGCAUGUUGUGCCAAUUGUUUGCUGGUAUAGAAUUUAAACUGUGCAUCUUUGACAUGGGUUUUACACAAGUAUCCCUUGUGUUUGAUGUAUAACGAGGGAUCCAUCAUUCAUUUCAUAUUAUUGAAACAUGGAAGAGUUAAAUGAUUUUGAAAGUACAAAA